GUCACAGUGAGGCCAGUAUCACUCGGACUGUUUUUAUGUAAAAGGCAACAAUAAAAUUAAUGUCAGCCUCAGGUACAAUCAACGAAGAUCAUUCAAAAUCAAUUAAACAAAGGAGUUUUCUCUACGAUCAGUCUUUGACCAUCAAUGCCAAUUCAGCUUUGCUUCCUCAAACUCAGCCUACCUCAAACAUAACUUCAGUGGUUCCGUUCUCAGUCAACACACUAGAUCCAAUUCCAGGACCAUCGCAGGAGUUAAUGGUGCCCGUUCUGGAGGUGGAUUUGCAUGGCGACUCCAUCACAGACACGGACGAUGAUGACUCAUCCCAGGAAAACACCAGAACUACGUUAGUUGUCAAAAAUAUGACCGGAGAACCGAAUGAAGAGUUAUUUGUUGAGGAUGUUGAGAAUUGUAGUCCAAACAUUGUCGUUGAACGAGGUCCGCAUGAGGUGAAGCUAUUGAAAAGUUCCAAAAAAUUCGCAUCUAGUGAACUAAAGUUUCAAAGUUUCCAAAUAAACUGGAACAAAAUAAGUGACAAUAUACAUAUACGUCUCCAGGAUUUGCAAAAGUUUCGUAGCGAGAACCCAAAUAAAUGUGCACCUCGGUCACUUCAGCUAUCAAAAACUGAGUGGAGCGGCAUUACAUCAUCGGUGGUGGAUCAACUACGGGCGAUUGACACUGAAAUUCAAGCUAGCGUUAUGGAAAAGGUCGCAAAAGAUAUUUUUGAAAAGUAUCCAUGCCUUAUCAUUUUAGACGACGAUGGUUAUGAUACAGGAAUAGGAUAUGGAUGGAUUAAACAAAAAAUGUUAAAUCGAAACUCUUAUCUGAACCGAUUCAAGAACGAAAGUGACGAGUCGGUACCAACUAAAAUAGAUGUUCGGCAGAAUCGCAAUGUACGUGCCGGGACGAAUAAAGAAUAUUGGGAAAAAUCGAGCAAAGAGUGUACUAAGUAUAUCCUAUCAACACUUGCACGCAACGAACCUGAAUUACUUACACCGGAGUUUUUGAAAGCGUCUCAGUCAUAUGUUCGAUAUCUCUUUGACGACGAUAAACAACUUAAGGAUGUGUUGACAGAUUUCCCAGUAUUGCGGCGAAAAUGCAUUUUGAAUUAUCAUUUUGAGUGUGCCACUGGUGCAUCAGUUAAAUAUUUGGAACAUUAUUUUACGACAAAACGGUCGAAGCUAAUCGAUUAUUCGAAGACCAAUCGGAAGUUCACUCAUUUGGAUACAACAGCUUCGGAUGUCGAUAUAUUUAGAUUUCUGUGCUCUUUGUUGGGAGAAAAACUAGACGACGUUAUAAUUUUGAAAGAGAUUGGAACGAAGAUUGAUGGUAUUUCUACUGAUUGCUCUGGACCUGUGCUAGUUGCCAUAGAUUGUGGAAAUGAUAAAAAAGUGUACUACGUAUUCGCCGAGCAAGUGCGGCUGAGUGAAGGAACGGAAAACGUCAUCGAAGCGGUAUCUGAUCUUCUUUGUGUACAUUAUGUACAUAACUUCAUGUACAUGCGACAAAUAUCGAAGUUUUUGGAGUUUAUACAGCAAUACUUUUUUAAGAUUCUACCGAUAACAGGAUCGAAGUCUAACGCUACCCGCAAGGGACAACAGCAGAGAGUUGUUAAAAAGGUGAUCAAGGCUAUUUCCGAGUACUGUGCAGAUUAAAUGAUAUGAAAGAUGUAACAAUUAAUGAAAA